AUGUUACAUCUCUAUGAUCAAUUGCCUCCCCCAAAACACAAACACAGGAUCGCCAACGGACGCCCCUACGUCUUCCAGCAAGACUCCGCCCCGGCGCACAAGGCCAGGACGACGCUGGCGUGGCUGCUCAACAACGUCCCUCACCACUGGUCGCCGGACUUGUGGCCGCCCUCCUCACCUGACUGCAACCCCCUCGAUUAUUUCUUCUGGGGCGUGAUCGAGGCCAAGACCAACAAGCACGCAAACAAUACCGUCCACUCUCUCAAGGCCGCCAUCGUGGCAGAGUUCACCGCCGUAGACAAGGACCCGGUCGCCAAGGCGUGCGAAUAA